AUGACAACCGCCGUAAAACUGGAAAGAAGAAGAAGAGGCGUCUUUAGUCCACCGGCAAAUCCACGGAAGAAAGUAGUUUGGCGCACUCCGAUGUUGAUCAUGAAAGCGCAGGUGGAUGUGAUCUGCUGUAAAUCAGUAGGAACUGAUCUGUCCAUGCUGGAUAUUGAGGAUUUCAUCACAGAAAUCUGUCGGCUGAAGAAAGAGGUGGCGUCACUGGAGGCAAAGCUGAGAGAAAGAGGAGACAAACUGAACAGAGAGGAUGUGGAGAAGGUUUCAGUGCGUGUGGCUGAUGGGACAGAAGCUCAGGAUUCAGUCUGGAGCGUCAGAGAUCAGAGAUCCAGAGACACACAGGACUCAGAGCUCAGCCUCACUUUACUCUGUUAUACUGACGCUCAGGAUCAUGAAUCCACUGAUCAAACCUCUGACUGUAACGCUGGAGAACAGCAGAUGCUGCAGACGCCGCUGAAGAUGUGCUCCGUCAAACUGGUGGACUGCAGGAACCUGAUCGAGAGCAGAGCAGAAGAAACCACCGCAGAGGAACAACAACAGAGUCACGAGGAAGAGGAUGAAGAUCAGAAUGAGGAUGAGGAUGAAUAUGAGAAUAAUGGGAAUGAUGAUGACUAUGAUGAAGAUUUCAUUCCUCCAGAUGACAAUGGCUGUUCAUCUUCUGAUGGAGAAACAGCCUUAACAUCAAAAGAGAAUCUGACGGUCAAAAAUUUUCCUUGUGCCACCUGUGGAAAAACACUGAGUUCACAGGGUUAUUUAACGAGACACAAGAGAAAACACACAGAACAGAAAGACUUCACCUGCAGGAGAUGCAACAUCAGCUUUCCUACCGCAGAAGAGAGGAGACUUCAUUCAAAAGAUCACAGCUUGAAGAGGGAGUUUUGCUGCAAACAGUGUGGGAAGGUUUUUUUUGUUCAUUCUAGUCUAAAAGUUCAUUUGAAGACUCACAAAGAAAAGUCUUUCCACUGCAGUGAAUGUGACAAGUAUUUCAGCACCAAAGGAAAUCUUGUUGUUCAUAAGCGAAUCCACACGGGAGAAAAACCGUACAAGUGCCCUCACUGCGAGAAGAGCUUCAAUCAUGGACCUCAUCUGAAGACACAUGUGCGUGUUCACACCAAUGAGAGGCCGUACCAGUGCAGUGAAUGUGGAAAAACCUUUAUAGACUCAAGCUGUCUAAAGUCACACCAGAAAAUCCACUCUGAUGAGAAACCGUUUCAGUGCAAAUACUGUGACAAACGAUUCCGUCAAAGAUCUAAUCUGAAUUGUCACGAGAGGACUCACACCGGAGAGAAACCGUAUCUUUGCUCCUACUGUGGGAAGAGCUUUUCUAGUCCAACUCAAUUUGGAUUUCAUAAGAGAGUCCACACUGGAGAAAAACCGUAUCACUGCAGCGUCUGUGGGAAGAAUUUCAGUAAGUGUGAUAUUUUAAAAAACCACAAGAGGACUCAUAGCGGAGAAAGACCUUUCAAGUGCUCACAAUGUGACAAGACGUUUGCUCGAUCAGACAUCCUCAAGGUCCAUCAGCGAGUUCAUACAGGAGAGAAACCUUACUCCUGCUCCAUCUGCGGCGAGAGAUUCGCUUAUUUAGGUAGUUUUCAGACUCACCAGAACAAACACGCUAAAGAACAAACUGCUCCAGGAUCGUCAGAGUGACUUUCAUCAGUCAAUCUGGAAAAAAACCUGCAAAACUGAAACUGUACAUUGAGCUCUUGCUGCCAGUAGGGGGCAGUGAGCUUUCAUGUGGUGGACUGAACCGAACGCUGUAUAUAAAGUCAUAUUUAUAUACAUAAAUGCAAGGACUGGGAUUACCACUGGAGUAGAACAAUGAUUUUAUAUUAAACCAGAUAGAAGUAUUAAAAAUCCUCAAAAUAAAAUACAAUAAUAUGAGUGCCUCAUAUGCAUUUAAAGUUUUAUGUGGUGAAAUGGCGUAAAGAAUGCAUGAAUGAGAGUAACUGACAAAUACACUUUUUCAUUGCUGGAUGGGUUUCUUUUAAUCGAGAAAGAGCCAUAGUUUAUUAAAUAUUCAUUUCAUC